GCGGGGCCUGGCGGGCCGUGCAGCCCGCGCGCCGACAUGGCCCUGUUGCAGUCAUGCUGCUGCUGGCACUCCCUGCGCAAGGGCAGCUACGCCAGCGCCGUCUACACCAUGGCGUACUUCAGCCUCACGCUGCUCAUCACGGGCGUGGCCCUGCACGAGGACCGCCAGGUGCUGGGCGGCAUGGAGAACAACACGGAGCCCUACAACAGCAGCAUCAUCGAGGUCGAGUCCACCACGACCAGUACCAUGGUGUUCAACAUCCUGGUGACGUCGUGCUCGGUCCUGGGCCUCAUGUCGUGCACGCUGCUGGUGUACGGCAUCUACAGCGAUACGAGGCAGCUGCUGGUGCCGUGGAUCGCCGUGGUGGUCUUCGCCUCCGUGGUGGACGUGGCGCACAUCGUGUACCUCAUCUGCCUCGAGCUGAGGAACUUCAACCCGAUGACGGCCAUCGUCUUCACGCUGGACUUCUUCCUCAUCAGCUUCAAC